AUGUCAUUUACACUUGAAAAGAAACUGACAAGAGCUCACCCAACUAGAGCGCAAGGCUCUACAUUACUAGCAAAAGAUGCCGAAAAUUUGACAAUCGUGUAUAACAAAUACAAAUCAAAUUGCCCACGUCCAAACCCACAAUCACAAUUAACUUACAAUCUUGUAUUUUGCCACGGAACAGGAUUCAAUAAAUCAAUUUGGAACUAUCACAUCAAGAAAUUGUUUCAACUCUCGCAAUCGUUGCAAGUGCCAUGCUUUUUGGAUACUGUUGUCAGUAUUGACGCAAUUGGUCAUGGUGAUUCAAGUUUGGCCAACGCGGAGAAAUUGGGCCCUGUAUGUACAUGGGAUGAUGGUGCCAGAGAUGUGAUUGAAGUUGUUGAAAAUGAAAUUCGCACCACUGGUGAUUUGAAAAACGAUGCAGAUGCAAGAACUGUAAUCAUAGGUCAUUCAAUGGGUGGUUUUAUGGCCAUUUACGCGGCUUACUUGGAGUCUUCUUUAUUUGACUCAGUUAUCGCUAUUGAACCCGUCUUGUACGCUUCUCCAGAUAGUGCCGAAAAGUACAUGAAAUUGUUUAAAAAGAUUUCAGGGUUCAUUUUGGAUACGUUUGAUACUGAACAGGAUGCUAAAUACUUUUUUGAAAAGUUUUCCUUUACAAAAUUACAUAAUCCAGAAGUGUUGAACGAUUACAUGGCUGAUGAGAUUUACAAGACCAAGGAUGAAGAAGGUAAAGUGGUGUACAAGAUCAAGUGCAUAAAGAAUCUUCAAAUUGCAGCUUAUUUGGGGUCAAUGAUGUCGCUUCCUAAAGGUAUGUUGGCAUUCCCAGCAUUGAGAGUGCCAUUUUUGCACGUUGUGGGAACAAAAGCAAAAUGGAAUCCUCCAGAGAGUACUGCUUGGAUUAGGGGUUCAAUUGAUCCGAAGUUUUUUGCUGGUGGCAUCGACAUCCCUGAUGGGGAACAUUUGGUCAAUGGUGAGAAACCAGAUGAAGUAGUUGCCGUCAUCAAAGAUUUCUUGACAAAGAGAAAUGAAGAUUACGAGAAAGAGAGAUUGAACACUCCUGAAGUUGUUUUAAAAGAAGACAAACAAGGGUUACGAGAACAAGAGUUUGGCAAAUUAUUAAAAGGAGAUCUUGCUGAUAUUCAUGGGUAUGUGCUUCCAGAGCACACACCAUUUGAUCUAACUUUGAAAAAGAGUAGUAGCAAAUUGUAA